AUAAUAUAGGCACCCAAAAAUACGACGCUACAUAUACUAAGAUAUCAAGAGCUAGCUAUCUAAAGUUACAAUGGCCACCGAAUGCUACGCCAAAGUUUUCGGCAACCCCAUCACUGAUGCAACUUUGAAGGGGAUGUCAAAGUAUACAGGAAAGAGUAUAAUAACACAAAAAGAUAGAGCAAUUGUGGCGAAAGGUAACAAGGAAGAGAGAAAUCCUACUCUUCAACAAUAUGUACAAAGCUUGACAAAGGAAUUAUGUCUAGUGAACAUUGGAGUGUUCACGGUAUGCUUGGUUCAUAAUCUCACUGGGGACACUGUGACCUACGUUACAAGCCAUGUGUGGGAUGUUCCUGCUGUGUAUCCCAAUUGCAAAGACAUUGAGAAUGGACAAACUGCCGUAUUCAUGCAGGCUAAAACAAAGGGAACCGCCGUUGUAUAUCGUGGCAAAAAUUCCAAGCGAGAUGAGUGUGACUUCAUGCUAGCUUGGUAUAACGUGCAAUCAAACAAUAAGCCUCUGAACAAGGUCUAUGGUGAAAUUAAUGAAGCACACCACUAUGAUGAUAAGACCGUUUGGGAUGCAAUUUACAAGCAAUUGGACGUGUCUGGUCGUAGCGAUUCUGCAACUUGGAAUGGAUGCACAUCAAUUAUGACAAUUAGCAAUGGUGCCAUUCCGACCCUUAAUGCAAUUCUCACCCUGGCAGACUAAUCGCCCAAGUGUUCCCAUGCAUGCAUAACGCUAUCUACUUGUUGGAGAAUAAAAUAUAAUAAUGAUAUAUAAAAUAAAAUGUCUUUAUAUAUAUUGGACUUAAUGCAUCGAUUUCAUGUAUAUAUAUAAAUGGCAUGACCAAUGUAAUCAUAACUUAAUGUAUUAGUGCAUGCGAUCAUGUAUAUCAAGUGGUUUGGACAAUGAUGCCAAACCAACUUGUUUUAGAGUAAAUAUUUAUAUAUGGAUGGUUGGAUGAAUUUUAGUCCUUAA